UACAAGUUUCGUAGUUGACUUUGAAAUUCUUAGUAUUUUUUAAAAUCUUGAUAUGUUGAAGAUAAUGUCUAUAUAUGAAGUAAAGAGAGAGCAGCUGCAUGUACGAAGAAAGUAGCUGUCAAUUACCAUUAUUGAUCGGAGCUUAAUCAUGGGAAGAGUGGAGGUGGCCGCCGGCGACGUGGAGAGCCCCGCGAAGGGCGUAGCAGUGGCCUCAUAUCCCCAAAACCAUCAGCCGAUGCAGAUGCAGCCUCAGUUCGUCGGAAGGCCAUGGACCACUGGCCUAUUUGACUGCCAUCUUGACCAAACUAAUGCUGUGAUGACGGCGUUUUUACCUUGUGUGACGUUCGGACAGACAGCAGAGGUUUUGGAUGCAGGGGAAAUGAGUUGUCCACUGGGAAGUUUCGUAUACAUGUUGAUGAUGCCUGCUGUUUGCUCCCAAUGGAUCAUGGGAUCCAAGUACAGAACCAAGCUCAGGAACAGAUAUGGCCUCGUCGAGGCCCCCUACAGCGACGUCGUUUCCCACCUUUUAUGCUCUUGCUGCGCCCUCUGCCAAGAGUUCCGAGAGCUCAAGGCUAGAGGCCUCGAUCCAGCUCUUGGGUGGAAUGGAAUUGUUGCUGAGCAGCAGUAUGGGACUCAGCCUCCCCCAGUUCAAGCUAUGUCCAAAUAGAAAUUAUUGCUUAAUUUUAUGUUUAUUUAAUGUCGUGGGAAGCUGCAUUUGCUAUUUUCGUUGUGCAUUGAGUAAAUCUCAAUUCCUAUGUUUGUUUUUUAUUCUAGAAAGGUUGUAUGGUUUUUUUCCUUGCACUUCUCACUUUAUGGCAAAAAAGGAGGCCAAAUCAGUUGAAAUGGAAGGAAGGAUAUUACUAUAUAAGCAAAUAUGAAAAUAAUCAUAUUGCUUAAAUGAAAAAGAUAUCAGGAAGAAUAAAUUUACUGUAUUAAA